CUGUGGUCUGGCCAAAUGAUGUGACCUCCCCUCCAGCCUGUGCACAGACAGCUUGGGAACGGCUCCAUUCCCACCCCUCAGAUAUAAAUAGGACCUCGUGGCCCGGCCAGGGGAAGAAGCUGCCCUUGUUCCGGAGACUACAGCAGAAGGGUAUGCAGAAGCGAGGGCCCCAGUCUGAGAUGCCUCCUGCCAGCGUGAGCCUGAGGGUCACCAUCCUCUGCCUCCUGGCCUGGGCUGGCCUGGUCGCAGGUGACCGGGUGUACGUACACCCCUUCCACCUCGUCAUCCACAAUGAGAGUACCUGUGAGGAGCUGGCGAAGGCCAGUGCAGGGAAGCCCGAAGAGCCCACCUUCACACCUGCUCCGAUCCAGGCCAAGUCGCAUCCUGUGGAUGAGAAGGCCCUGCAGGACCAGCUUGUGCUCGCUGCUGCAAAACUCGACGCUGAAGACAAGUUGAGGGCCGCGACGGUCGGGAUGCUGGCCAACUUCCUGAGCUUCCACAUAUACAGCAUGCACAGUGAGCUGUGGGGCGUGGUCCAAGGGGCCACCGUCCUCUCCCCGAUGGCUGUCUUUGGCACUCUGGCCUCUCUCUACCUGGGAGCCUCCAACCGCACAGCCUACAGGCUACAGGCAAUCCUGGGCGUCCCUUGGAAGGACGAGACCUGCACUUCCCGGCUGGAUGCGCACAAGGUCCUCUCUGCCCUGCAGGCCAUCCAGGGCCUGCUGGUGGCCCAGGACAGCGCUGAGGGCCAGACCCAGCUGCUGCUGUCCACAGUGGUGGGCCUCUUCACAGCCCCAGGCCUGCACCUGAAGCAGCCGUUUGUGCAGGGCCUGGCUCUCUAUGCUCCCGUGGUCCUCCCACGCUCUCUGGACUUCUCCACAGACCUGGAUGUCGCUGCCGAGAAGAUCGACAGGUUCAUGCAGGCCGUGACAGGGUGGAAGGUCAGCAGCCCCCUGACGGGAGCCAGCGCGGACAGCAACCUGGUUUUCAACACCUACGUCCACUUCCAAGGGAAGAUGAAGGGCUUCUCCCUGCUGGCCGAGCCCCAGGAGUUCUGGGUGGACAACAGCACCUCAGUGUCUGUCCCCAUGCUCUCUGGCACGGGCACCUUCCAGCACUGGAGCGAUGCCCAGGACAAAUUCUCAGUGACUCAAGUGCCCUUCACGGAGAGUGCCUGCCUGCUGCUGAUCCAGCCUCACUACGCCUCUGACCUGGACAAGGUGGAGGCCCUCACCUUCCAGCAGAACUCCCUCAACUGGAUGAAUAAACUGUCUCCCCGGGCCAUCCACCUGACCAUGCCCCGGCUGGUGCUGCGAGGAUCUUAUGACCUGCAGGACCUGCUUGCCCAGGCUGAGCUGCCCACCAUUCUGGGCACCGAGCUGAACCUGCAAAAAAUGAGCAACGACAACCUCAGGGUGGGAAAGGUGCUGAACAGCAUUUUGUUUGAACUGGAAGCGGAUAAGAAAGAGCCCACAGAGUCUCCCCAACAGCCUAAGGGGCCUGAGGUCUUGGAGUUGACCCUGAACCACCCAUUCCUGUUUGCUGUAUAUGAUCAAGAUGCCACUGCCCUGUACUUCCUGGGCCGUGUGGCCAACCCACUGACCACAGCGUGAGGCCAGGGCCCAGAACAUGGUGCCUGCCCGGCAAGGCCUCUGCCCUUGGCCUUUGAGGCAAAGACCAGCAGUGGAUAGCAACCCUGGACAAAUCAGCCAUUUGUCACCCCCAAUCUUCCACCUUUUCUUCUAAUGAGUUGACUUUGAGCUGGAAAGCUGCCGUUUCUCCUUGGUCUAAGUGGUGCUGCGUGGAGUGGACAGCAGAAGGCUGCAGUGGCACAAACCCGCCUCCUCCCAGGUUGCUGGGUUUAUUUUAGAGAAUGGGGGUGGGGAGGCAAGAACCGAUGUUUAGCGCAGGACUGCUGUUCCAAAAAAAAUUCAACCCGACCAACUUGUUUGUGAAACCAGAAAGCGUUCCCUUUUAAAGCAGAGAACAAAAAUUGGGUUUGGACAUUAAAGGAUGCAUUAUGCUUUUGCAUGGCCUUCGGUUCAUAUUUAGCGUCUUGAAUGUAAGAACAUGACCUUUGUGUAGUGUACACCAUACCUUGGUUUUCCCCACAGAUGUUUGUGAUUUUUGAGCAACACACGAAAGAUGCAGGCAUCUGAAUUUCUGUUUGAAUGCAGAACCGUGGCCGGCUAGUUCUCCCUUGUGUUAUAAUAAAUGUCUUACAACAGUAA